CUGGCAUGCGUUGCCGGGUGUCUAGCAGUAUUAUCAUAUCUUAUAUCUUAUCUUGACUUUAGAGCCGCAGCAUUAUGUCAAAGUAACGUCAGGAUUUAGAGGACACCGAGCUCGUUGAUGAAAAUCUGUUAUUCAGCAUGAAUUUGGCAGAGAUCUGUGAUAACGCCAAGAAGGGCCGUGAGUAUGCUUUGCUGGGGAACUAUGACUCCUCCAUUGUGUACUACCAGGGCGUCAUUCAGCAGAUCCACAAGCACUACCAGUCCCUCAGAGACCCUGCAAUUAAAGUCAAAUGGCAACAGGUCAGGCAGGAACUGACUGAGGAGUAUGAGCAGGUGAAAGGCAUCAUGGGAACGCUCGAAAGCUUUAAAUUAGAGAGGCCACUUGACAUUCUUGCCCCUCAGUCUGAGGAGAGACCUGAGGAUCCAGCAGUAUGGCCCCCUCCUACCCCUGCAGAACACAGGAAUCUAGUUGCAGUGAAGCGCCCCAACAGUGCGGCAAGGCAGCACAGGAAGGAGUCCCCUGGUCUGCAGCAUCGAGGGGCAGGGCCAGGAGGCCGUGGUCAGGCCAACCCUAAACCAGACCGGCCGGGUUUGAGAGACGCCCGAGGCACAAAGGCCAAAGACGAUAAGGGGAAGAAAGGGGCUGCAGAAGGGGAUGUAGAGCAGAGGAAGUUUGAUGGCACGGGGUAUGACAGCGACCUCGUGGACUCACUGGAGAGAGAUAUCGUGUCCCGCAACCCUAAUGUGCACUGGGACGACAUUGCUGAUCUGGAAGAUGCUAAGAAGCUGCUGAGAGAAGCGGUGGUAUUGCCCAUGUGGAUGCCUGACUUCUUUAAGGGCAUUCGUCGCCCCUGGAAGGGCGUGUUAAUGGUCGGCCCUCCCGGGACAGGGAAGACCAUGUUAGCCAAAGCUGUGGCCACAGAAUGUGGGACUACUUUCUUCAAUGUGUCCUCCUCCACCCUCACCUCCAAAUACAGGGGAGAGUCCGAAAAACUUGUACGUCUGCUGUUCGAAAUGGCUCGCUUUUAUGCACCAACAACCAUCUUCAUAGACGAGAUUGACUCCAUCUGUGGCAGAAGAGGAACAUCUGAUGAGCACGAAGCCAGCCGCAGGGUCAAAUCAGAACUUCUGGUUCAGAUGGAUGGUGUUGGGGGGGCUCUGGAUAAUGAUGACCCCUCUAAGAUGGUGAUGGUCCUCGCCGCCACCAAUUUCCCCUGGGACAUCGACGAGGCGUUACGACGGCGGCUAGAAAAGCGAAUCUACAUUUCCCUGCCCACAGCUAUUGGUCGCGUAGAGCUUCUAAAGAUCAACCUGAAGGAGGUGGAGUUGGCUGAUGAUGUGGACUUGGACUUCAUCGCUGAGAAGAUCAAAGGCUACUCUGGAGCGGAUAUCACCAACGUCUGCAGGGAUGCGUCCAUGAUGGCAAUGCGUCGUCGAAUCCAAGGCCUAAGCCCCGAGGAGAUCCGAGCUCUGUCCAAAGAUGAACUGCAGAUGCCUGUGACCAUGGAGGACUUCACCCUGACACUCAAGAAGAUCUCAAAGUCUGUCUCGUCUGCAGACCUGGAGAAAUACAUAGCCUGGAUGGCUGAGUUUGGGUCAGUAUAGAGAACGGUACCGUUAAGACCCCCAGGGACCAGGACUUUGAAAAUGAUGAAAGCCUUGACGAUGAGGGACUUGUGAGUGUGUGUCACAGAGUGGAGUGAACUCAAGUGUUUGAACCAGGCAGCACAUCAGGGAUCAAGAUUAUACAGGGGCUCAAGUUCACAUCAGAAAACUUUGAGACUUGUGCCUUUGAGAAAGCACUGCUGCCCUUUCACAUACUCUUUCCUUGUUGCUUCGGCACAAUUGUCCGUGUAGAGACUAUCAAUUGCCCGGAUGCUGACUUAAGUGACCUGUGAAAGAAAAGGCGAACUUUUAAUGUAAAAAUAGCCUAAUAAAUACAGGUAGACCAGGAAAUGCACUCUAGUUUUAUUGCAUGUUAGCUUGUUAUACAAGUGUUCCCCAUCCACUUCACCAAACAAACUUUGCUUGUAAAUUACCCGUUUCAAACUGAUGAAAGCCAACUGUUUACAAAUAGGUUACAGUUUGUGAGAUUUGAUCAUUUUGGUUAAUCAAUGCCCCCAAAAUUGCUAUAAAAGAGUCCCUGUUCUGCUCCAUUCUGGGCAAGUUUCAUUGAGAGGAAAAAAAAGAUUAAAAAGAAGAAUUUCACACCGCUGAUCUUCAUAUCCUGCUGUCAGAAAUCAACAGUCAAAAACAUAACAAGUUUAGUAGUCAAAGUCGUAUUGAGAGACCUGAAAUAAUAAAAUCUACAUACAGCUGCAACAACAGAGGAUGUUCACAGGGAAGGCGUCUUGCUUGAAAACCUUGAAGCAGAUGUCGCCGUGACAAUAUUUUCCAAACAAAUACUGAAUUGUUAGGCUGACAUGCCAAUAUAUGCCAGUAAAACCUGCAGUCGAACCUCCGAUGAUGAUGGUGAUGAUCAUUCAGAUUAAGGUAUUCUAAUUUAGGUUUCUGGCAAAUGCAACAAGUUUUCUUAAAUGACUUGUAUGUUCCACAGAACAAAUCUGAUUGUACUUUGGAGUCUUGCACGAGGCCCUUUCUCUUAAACAACGGUACGUUUGAGCACUUUUAAUGUUUUUCCUUUAGGAUGUACUUACUACUGACUGAACACACUUGAAGAACCACAAUGUCGUGUGUUUUAUGUAGCAACCAUGUGUUUAUAUUUUGUUUUAAUAUUUGUUUUUUUAAUUUUAGUUCAGUUGAGACAAACAAAUGUAGGCAAUCUAAAAGAACAUGGCUGCUGGACCCAUGAAUUUUGUAUUAAAGCAUACCGUCAA